AUGGGAAUUAUGCUCGUCUACGAUUGCACACAAGAGAAGUCGUUCGAGAACAUUAAGAACUGGAUUAGGAACAUAGAGGAAAAUGCAGCAACGGAUGUUGAGAAAAUGUUAUUAGGGAAUAAGUGUGAAUUAAACGACAAGCGACAAGUUACAAAGGAACGUGGCGAACAAUUAGCAGUAGAGUAUGGAAUUAAGUUUCUUGAGACAUCUGCAAAAAAUAGCAUUAAUGUAGAGGAAGCAUUCUUCACGUUGGCUAGAGAUAUUAAAAUUAAAAUGGAAAAACGUUUGGAAGCAAAUAAUCCGCCGAAAGGUCAUCAGCUUAAAGCAAAUGAACCACCGAGAAAGCCUGGUCUUGGAUGGUUGUCAAAAUGCAAUUUUUUCUAGCCUCUCGUUCUUAUACAUUUCUACUAUUAAUACUUUACACAAAGAUGUAUUGACAAAUUCUCAAAAAAAAAAAACAUGAUAAGAAUAUUGCAAAUUUGUACACAAGUUCGUUUUCCAAUUAUCCAUU